AUGAUAGCGGCUCGAAAUUUGACAGUCGGAUGUCGAAAACUGUUAUCAACAUCGGCAUAUACAGUAAGAUCUCAUACUUGUGAUGAGUUGAAUGCGUCCAAUAAGAAUGAAAAAGUGAGCGUAAUGGGAUGGUUAUCGCACAAACGAAUGGAUCGAUUCUUCGUGUUGCGCGAUGCAUAUGGUUCCGUUCAGGCGAAAAUUCAAGAGAAUUCUGAGCUGAAACAACUUUUGAAAGAGCUUCCAUAUGAAUCAGUUAUUCGAGUCGAUGGAACUGUUGUUGAUCGCGGAGAGAACAGAAAUAACAAAAUGAAAACUGGAGAUAUUGAGAUCAACGUUGAACAGUUGACAGUGCUAAACAAGGCUUCUGUUAAUAUUCCAAUGCUUCCCGAUGUGAAAUCGAAUGAGAAAACUCGUUUGAAAUAUCGAUAUAUUGAUUUACGAUCCGACAAACUUCAAAGAGCGUUGCGUAUUCGAUCAGAAUUCGUUCACAAUCUUCGGAAGUUUCUCGUCGAAAAAAGUGGAUUUGUUGAUGUGGAGACCCCAACUCUUUUCCGUCGUACUCCUGGUGGAGCAACUGAAUUUGUCGUACCCGCACCUCCACCAAAUCAUGGAAUGGCUUAUUCAUUACCUCAGAGCCCGCAACAAUUCAAGCAACUUUUGAUGGUUGGAGGAAUUGACCGAUAUUUUCAGAUUGCUCGAUGUUAUCGAGACGAGGGAUCAAAAGGCGAUCGACAGCCAGAAUUCACUCAAGUCGACGUGGAAAUGUCAUUCACAACUCAAGAAGGAGUAAUGCAACUCAUCGAAGAUAUGAUACUUUCCGCUUGGCCAGAAUCUCUGAUUCAUCUGAAACCCAAAUCACCGUUUCCUAGAAUAUCGUAUUCCGAAGCAAUGACAAAAUAUGGAAUUGAUAAACCCGAUAUGAGAGUUUCGUGGCAAAUUGAAGAUGUUAAGACCAAUAUUUUUAACUUUUUGAAAAAGAAUGAUGGAGACAAAAUAAGAGUUAUCGUCUGUCGAGGAGCUGGAAAGACACCCAUUUCCAAUUCAACCAAGGACGAAUGGAAACGAUUGAUUCAGAUGAAUGAAAACGGUAGAAACUUUGCUAUUUGUCAUCCAUCGCACAAAACUUGGUUCAAAUCUUUGAAAAAUGAAAAAAUUCUGGAGGAAUUUGGAUUGACUGAAGAGGAUGCUCUCGUUGUUUGCUGGGGAGAAUCAGAUGGAGUUUAUUGGACUUUAGGUCAACUUCGGAAUUACGUGGCAGAGAUUUGUGGACUUCGCUCGAAAAACGUUGUCACUGCUCACUGGGUUGUCGAUUUUCCACUUUUCUCAUUUGAAGAAGGCCACCUCGUAUCCACGCAUCAUCCAUUCACAGCUCCAGUUGACAAAGAUAAGGAAAUGCUUUACGACGAGGAUAAUGAUCGGUUGCUUCAAAUCACCGGACAACACUACGACCUAGUUAUUAAUGGAGUUGAGAUGGGUGGUGGAUCGAUUCGAAUUGAAAACUCUGAAAUGCAGAGACACGUUCUGAAAAUUCUCAGUGAACCAACGGAAGAAAUGGAACAUUUAUUGAAUGCACUGUCACACGGAGCACCGCCACAUGGAGGAUUCGCAUUAGGACUCGACCGAUUUGUUGCAAUGCUCACAUCCGAUGGAAAUCCAUUGACACCUGUUCGAGAUGUGAUUGCUUUCCCGAAGACCAAAAAUGGAAAAGAUUUGAUGAGCGAUGCGCCAACCACUUUGUCCGAAAAACAAUUGGAAAGAUACGGUAUCACAUUGCUAUCGAAUGAUCAGAAAAGCGGAUAG